AUGUCCACCGUGGAUGGCCUGCAAGGUGCCCUUCUGCCUGGGAUUGACCAUGAAACGAACGAAAAGGUUGUCGUGGUGCCAAGUCCAGAGAAUAAACCGGACUCUUCACUCCUUGAUUUUAAAGAUUCGGACAUGACAGUUCCGACGGUCGGACAGGACCCGUUACGUGGUGAUAGACUGAUAGACCAGCUUGAAGCAUCAGACUUCAACGUUGUGGCGCAGGACAAUGACAAGUCAUACGCGGCAGCUCUAAAAACCGACAAGCCCGAAGAGCGAAAAAAGGUCACCAACGGAAGUUACAUGCCUUAUCCUACCCUCAACAGUGGCAGAUUGCGCGACGCGCACGCCAGAGAAGCUUGGAGAGCCGGGGGCAUCCGAUUCGCCCCCCUUCGUGUGCCAUUCAAACGUCGAAUGCAGACCGCAGCAGUGCUGUUCCAUUCCAUGUCGAUUGUUGUGCUAGUGUCCUGUUUCUGGUUUAGCUGCGCGAACCCUUUGACCUGGCCCAUCCUCGUUCCCUAUCUUGUUCAUCUGUCGUUCUCCAAUGCAGCGGUAGAUGGGAGACUUUCUUACAGAUCAGAAUGGCUUCGAUCGUUGCCGCUUUGGAGGUUGUUUGCGGGAUACUUUCCAGCCGAGCUUCAUAAGACCUUUGACUUGCCUCCCAACAGAAGGUACAUUUUUGGUUAUCAUCCGCAUGGCAUCAUUUCCCAUGGUGCCUGGUGUGCCUUUGCUACCAACGCAUUGGGUUUCUCGGAGAAAUUCCCUGGUAUUACCAACAGCUUGUUAACACUGGAUUCCAAUUUUCACCUUCCUUUCUACCGCGACUGGAUUUUGGCCAUGGGAAUUCGAUCUGUUUCAAAAGAAUCCAUUCGAAAUACCUUGUCGAAAGGAGGAGCUUUCAACGACGGGCAGGGGCGGGCAGUCACCAUUGUUAUUGGCGGCGCUCGUGAAUCUCUACAAGCUCAACCCGGAACACUUCGCCUCAUUCUCAAAGGGCGCAAAGGAUUUGUCAAGAUGGCCCUUAGAUCUGGAGCAGAUCUUGUGCCAGUGAUUGGUUUUGGCGAGAAUGAUUUGUACGAUCAACUGAGUCCAAAAACGCACCCCAUGGUCCACAAGAUGCAAAUGACGCUCUUGAAGGUUUUCAAAUUUACGAUCCCGGCUCUUCAUGGUCGUGGACUUCUCAACUAUGACGUUGGUUUGAUGCCUUACCGACGGGCCGUCAAUAUCGUGGUGGGGCGGCCAAUUGAGAUCAAUGAGACAAUUCAAGAGCAGCCGUCUCAAGAAGUUAUCGAUAAAUACCACAAGUUGUACCUGGAGGAGGUCGAACAGCUUUAUGACGCUUAUAAGGAGGAAUUUUCGAACUUGAAUUCCGUCCCUGAAUUGCGCAUUCUGUCUUAG